UAAUCUGGAUUGCCUGAAAAUGGCUUAUAAAGUAAGAAUAACACAAUGUGAUUCUUUAUAAUCCUCACAAUAAUUAUAGCAAUACUGUGGUUAUAACCAAUACACUUAUUUUCAGAUUUUACUUUCAAACAAUAACUUUACCAUAAAUCUUUGAAAUUAGUCUUUCUUAUAAUAUAAAUUCAUUAAUCCAGCCAGAAUUAUAAUUUGAUAUUUGUUAGAAAUCUUUGCAUAAAUCCUUCUUCCAGGCCCACACUGUUUUCCUUGUAAUAUCCAGUUAUUUAAAAUUGAAGAGGAAUAGGCACCGCCCAGCAGGGGUGUGUGUGUGAUUCUGAGCCUAUAGUUACGAUCCAGAGAAUUGGGAGUGACAUCAUCUGUGACAAUAAAAAAGCUUCUCUUGGUGAGUGGAAGACCUGUAUAUAAAAGUCACACUUGAGGAUCUAUAGUUCAAUUCAUCAGCUUUCACAAGUUGAUUCAACUUCGAGAAAGCAUCAGCUGCCGAUACACCUGAAAGAUUUGUCACAAGACAUAGUGUGUGAAGAUGAUGUCUGCAAAAGACAUGGUUAAAGUAAUGAUUGUCAUGUUUGCAAUCUGUUUUCUUGCAAAAUCGGAUGGGAAACCUGUUAAGAAGAGAUCUGUGAGUGAGAUACAGUUUAUGCAUAACCUGGGCAAACAUCUGAGCUCCAUGGAGAGGGUGGAAUGGCUGCGGAAGAAGCUGCAGGAUGUGCACAACUUUGUUGCCCUUGGAGCUCCAACGGCGCACAGAGAUGGUGGUUCCCAGAGGCCCCGGAAAAAGGAAGACAAUGUGCUGGUUGAGAACCAUCAGAAAAGUCUCGGAGAAGCAGACAAAGCUGAUGUGGAUGUAUUAACUAAAGCUAAAUCCCAGUGACGACAGAUACAUCAGAGCACUGCUGUAAACAGCACAGGGCAACAAUAUUACAUGCUGCUAACAUUUUCAAGCUCUUAAGAUUAAUAAACACCAAAAUUCACAUCUAAUCCACUGCUAGCCAUGGUAGCUGAAAUUUUAAUUGAUUAUUUUGAUUCUACUUUAAUUCA